AUGCGACGGCGUUAUUUAUGCCUUGUUGCCGCACCGGGAUUAACCGAAGCUCAUCUCCUCAUCUAUGAAAAUGAAGCCAAGUGGGCCAUUUCCAAUCCCCCAAGUUCCUCCCCAAGUACUACGCCUUCAGCGAGUCAAAUACUCCCACAAUUGCCCCUUCAAGCCAUCGAGCAGUUUCUCCAAGCUGACGACGGCUCACGAAAAGGUGCCAAGUAUUUGGUGCGUUUGGAGGGUUUAGUCUACGCUGGAGUUAAUCAAGUCAGUGUCAAUGGACGUCUCUCGGUGACAGAUGUCAUCAAAUCGGCAUUGGGAAAACUCAUGAUUGGGUCGUCAAAGUCUCAGGACUCCACGUCGUCAGCACACCAACAUCAACAUCUGAAAGGGACUCAACGCAAGGAUUCUCAUCAACAUAAUAAAUCCGAUACUGCGUCUUCUGAAAUUGCUGGUAGUGCGGAGUCCUAUAUAUCGACCACCUCGACGCCAGGAACACUAAACGAUUCCACGGAAAUCUCUGUGAUAUCCUCUCAACGACCUGCUUCAAUUUGUGGAAUACCAUCACUAAACAGCGCUCCAGUAGGCCCAAAUUCCCCCAAUGGUGGCAACUCCAAUUCAUCACGAUCUCCAACAUCGCUGGGACUAUACUUCCAGGAUGGCAGUUCCACUCUUAUAUCCUUCGCAACUCCCGAAAUCAUGGAGGCUUGGCUUCAGGUUCUCACAGCUGUUGUAGCCACCAAUAGGUCAAGGUCGGGCUACCCCAAUAUUGGUGAGUGUCAUUCUCUCUCUCUCUCUCUCUCUCUCUCUCUCUUCACUUAUUCAUUUUGUGAGGUGUGGGGGAUCAAGGGAAUGCUAAGCAGAAAAGUAGAAAUUAAUUCUGUUGCACUAUUGAGAAUUUGUUUAUGCCUAAAUGUUAGCGUUUUAAUAGACUCUAUUUUCAACAGAUGGCCGACUUUGAGGUUCGUCGUUUACUAA